CGAUUUUGUAUUUUAAACUACACAAGCAAUCCGAUCCGAUGUUGCAAAUUACUUUGAUUUGAGUGCUAAUACACUCUGUUUACAACCAAAAUGCAACCAAAAACAAACAAAAAAUGUCAAUGCAUUGCAAAAUAAUGAUGAAUAAGGAUGUAAGAAUACAUGCAAAUAUGUAAUUUGGUGAUAAAAGGGAUAAAAUUUGGAAUUAUCAGUCCAUUCUAAAAUCCCAAAAGCAGGAAAUGUGAAACAUGGCGGAGGAAACAGAAACCGAUGAUGUGAUAGAAAAAUGUUCGGAUGUUUUCACUAACGGUGAAUCUGAAAAUUUGGAUGGUACAGGUGACGACAGCAAUUCUUUAGAAAAUGAAGAAAAUUCUAUAUCGGAUAAAAUCAUGCCAAGAAAAAGCAGUUUUAUGAACAAGACCGGGAGUAGAAAACCUCCUAGGAAAAAAACAGUAUCUUUUAGUAGCAUGCCAACUGAAAGAAAAAUAGCUACAGCUCAAGAUUGUCUUUCAUACAUGCAAAAUGGAAGUGAAUUGAUUAAAGUCCGUUCUAAUAGUCGUCAAUAUCAUCGGAUAUUUACGCUUAAUCCAGACAUGACAGAAAUCCGAUGGCAACCUACAUCUAAAAAACCACACAAGGCUAGAAUUUCUGUAGCAAGUAUCAAAGAGGUACGAGGAGGGAAAACCACCGAAGCCUUAAAAAACAAAGAAAUAGCUGGGAUUUACCAGGACGAGUGUGCCUUCUCUAUUAUAUUUGGAGAUGACUUUGAUUCCAUGGAUUUAAUUGCCAAUACUCCUGACGAGGCCAAUAUCUGGUUGACAGGAUUAACUUGUCUCAUCAACACCAACACAAAAACACGCACUUCGCCUGAAGCCAUAGAAGAAAUGCAGCAGAUGAGAGACAGUUGGUUACAAGAAAUGUUUGAUGCUGAGGCUGACCAAUCAACGGCUUUGUUAGACGAGUCAGGAGUUGUCCGUCUCAUGCAGAAACUUAACAGCAAUAUCGCACCAACCAGAGUUCAACAAAAGGUCAAGGAAAUAGAGUUAAAACGUCAAGAUCCCAGUAUUAAAGGACAAUUGAACACCGAAGAAUUCAUCACAUUAUUUAAGGAAGUGUCGACCAGACCUGAGAUAUACUUCCUUUUAGUUCGAUAUGCAAGCAAUGCUGACUACCUCACCACCGAUGAUCUGUUGCUAUUUUUAGAAGCAGAACAAGGGAUGACAAGAGUAACAAAGGAGAAAUGUUUAGAAAUUAUAAAUGAAUACGAACCAUCUAAAGACGGCAAGAAAAAGGGCCAGUUAGGAAUUGAUGGUUUUACUCAGUUUUUAUUAUCAGAUGAAUGUAACCUGUUUGAACCAGAACACAGAGAUGUGUGUCAAGAUAUGUCCCAACCCCUAUGUCAUUACUUUAUCUCAAGUUCCCAUAACACAUAUUUAAUGAAAGACCAGUUACAAGGUCCAUCUAGUACAGAGGCUUAUAUUAAUGCAUUAGACAAAGGAUGUCGCUGUCUGGAAUUGGACUGUUGGGACGGUCCUAAUGAUGAACCAAUGAUCUAUCAUGGACACACCUUUACCUCAAAGAUAACCUUCAAAUCUGUCAUACAAACCAUCAACGAAUAUGCUUUUAAUUUUUCCAAGUUUCCCGUAAUUUUAUCUAUUGAAAACCACUGUAGUAUCAAGCAACAGAAAACAAUGGCCCACUAUAUGACAACGAUAUUUGGAGAUAAACUAUAUUGUGAUAUAGUAGAUGAAAAUGCUGCUUGUUUGCCUCCAUUGGAGUCGUUAGUUGACAAAGUUCUCAUCAAGGGUAAAAAGUUAGAUUUACACACAGAUUCAGACGAAGGGAUGGUGACUGAUGAAGAUGAAGGGGCAGAGUCAGAGAAAAAGAAAAACAACAAAUCCAGGGAAGGAUCAAUAAAGAAACACAAAUUAGCAAAAGAAUUAUCAGACCUAGUAAAUUACUGUGUGUCAAAACGCUUUAAAGACUUCCAAAUGUCUCAACAUAGUCAGAAGUAUUGGGAGAUGUGUUCAUUCAGUGAGAAUACAGCUUUAAAGUUAGCCAUGGCUUGUCCAGAGGAGUUUGUUAACCAUAAUAAACGAUUUCUAUCUCGUAUUUAUCCUAAUGGAAUGAGGGUGGAUUCUAGUAAUUAUAAUCCACAAGAUCUGUGGAACUGUGGCUGUCAGAUGGUGGCCUUGAACUACCAGACAGCUGGUCUUAUGAUGGAUUUGUAUAAUGGCUUCUUCCUAAAGAAUGGUGCGUGUGGUUUUGUAUUAAAGCCAGCCAUAAUGAGAGAAGAAAUUGCUUAUUUUAGUGCCAAUACUAAAGACGUGAUACCAGGUGUAUCACCACAGAUACUUCAUAUAAAGGUGAUAAGUGGUCAGCAUUUUCCUAAACCUAAAGGAUCAGGCUCUAGAGGGGAUGUGACAGACCCGUAUGUUACCGUAGAAAUAUUUGGUAUCCCUGCCGACUGUGCCGAGGAAAGAACAAAAACGGUUCCACAUAAUGGUAUCAACCCUAUUUUUGACGAGAGUUUUGAGUUCCAGAUAAACUUACCAGAAUUAGCAUUAGUACGUUUUGCAGUACUAGAUGAUGACUAUAUCGGUGAUGAGUUCAUAGGUCAAUAUACAAUACCAUUUGAAUGUAUGCAAACUGGGUAUAGACACAUAACUAUGCUGUCAGCCAGUGGUGAUCCUAUAGAAAAUUGUUCUUUAUUUGUACAUGUGGCCAUUACAAAUAAAAGAGGGGGAGGGAAAACUCACAGAAGAGGAAUGUCAGUGAAGAAAACAAAGAGAAAGAAAGAUUACACAAGUAUGAAGUCUGUUGGUGUUAAAAGUGUGGAUGAAACUUUUAAGGUAGCAAUACAGCCUUUGAGGGAUGGUACAGAUUUAAGGGACUCUGUUCAGCUGGCUUUGGCAGAGUUUAAAGAAAUCUGUGGGUUGUCCCCCAUAGCUAAUAUAAAACAGUGUAUCCGUCUCCUAGCAACCAGAGUAUCUAACUCAUCGGAGCAGGCCUCCUUAAACCUUGUUAUGAAGGGAGAUUAUCCCUACUUAGAAGCUCAAGGAAAUCUUCCAGAUAUAUUAAAGAAAGCUCUUAUACAUUUUGAUGAGCUGGUAGCGGAGUGUAAAAAUUUGAUAGACCAAGCUGAUGGAGUGUAUGAAAGGUUAAUCCAUUCUCAAAGAGCUGGAUUAGAAUGGCAUGAAGAUUUAGAAAAUGUUUGUACAAAUGCUGGACUUAAAGGAAAGAAAUUAACCAAGGCUUUGGAAAACUUUGCAUGGAAUAUCCGAGUCCUCAAGGGUCAGGCAGACCUUCUAAUGCAAGCUAAACAUGACUGUAAAGAAUAUCUAAGACAGAUUGUAGAGACAUCUGGUUCAACUGGUCUGAGGAAGGAAAGUGAGGCUGAUGAUGACGACCUAGAAAAUAGUUCACUUUGAAGAGGUCAGAAACUGACUAGAUAUAGUCCAUGGAGGUCACAUAAUGAGUAGAACAAACUAAACCAGACAAUGUCCUCAUCAACAGAGAUAAUUCUAGUGUAGAUUGGUGUUAUAGAUUUUACGUUCUAGAGAUGGACUAGGCUCUACAGUAAUGUCAGAUUCUCCAUUACACCAAUGAUGCAUCAUUUUAUAUACUGAUAAAGAAAAAGUUGGUGUUUAAUCAGUACAUGUUCAAAUAAUUAGCUUUUGUAACUAAUUCUCAAACAAAUAAUUAUGGUAUACAUUAUACAUUGUACAAAUAGUCUUUAUUAUAGAGCCUUUGAAAUGAAGUAAUAUUACAAUAAGAGUUGCUUCCCCUUAUUGAUCUGUUUGUUAUAGAUUGACAUUUAUAAUUCAUUAUAAUUGACAAUAUCCAUAUUUUGCUUGUGUACAAAUAUAGAUAAACAGUGCUGUAUCCAAAGGGAGAUAAUUUCAAAAUAAUGACAAAAACAAGAAAAGAAAGAUGACAAAGGUCAAAAACUGGGUUGCUCAAAAUGUUGCCUGUCUGUUCAUUUAUAGCUUGUUAUAUUUAUUUUGUUUAUGUUUGUAUAAUUAUUAUUUUAAUAAUCAAUUUUGUUCAGGGUAGACAUAAUAUAAGUGUUUAAAUAGAUAGAGUUUAUACAGUGAAUAAUGGCAGUGAUUAGUUCUGUCUCAGGUCUUUUUCUUCUCUUUGUGGGUUUUCCUGGUCAAAUAGUAAACUGUGUCCCAUAUACAAUUUAUGUUGUUCUUUCCAUGCUGGUCUGUUGUCAAAUUUAAAAUUUUGUUUCCAUACAUGUUUAACCCUUUCCUCCAUAAUGACGCCUUUUGACGCCACCCCCCUUACUCCAUAAUGACGCCUUUUGACGCCUGUGUAGUACCUUAGUUGAAACACUUUGACUACAAAGUGUCUGCAGUAGACUAAAUGAAAUUUGUAUCCAAUAUGAAAAGGAAUAUCAUAGGAAUAUCCAACUUAGAUUUAUUUGAUGAAAUAGUUGUUUUUCACAAUGCAUUAAUACUUGAAAGCAUAUGUUCAGCAUUUUAUUAAAAAAAUCCUAUGCGAAUAAAGUAUGCAAAAAAAAAAUAUUUCUAUGGAGGAAAGGGUUAAUCCUCUAUGUUCUCUCGGGAAUUUGAUCAAACUUCAUAAUGAGACAUUUUUUGUUUGUUUUCUAUGUAUAAGUUCAGGGGCAAAUUUAAAACAUUGUUUCAAUACAUGUUUAAUCCUCUAUGUUCUUUCUGGGUAUUUCAUCAAAGAUGUACCUAGAAAAUAUGUAUUUUUCUUCUCCGUAGAAAUUCAGGGUCAAAUUUCAAACGUUUCAAUAUGUUCUCUUCACAAUAUUUCAAUAAACUUUAUCUCAGAGUCUUGUUUGUCUUCUCCUUGAUGUAUCAGUUCAAAGCAAACAAGCUUAUUUUGAUUCACUUCAUACAUUUGAAAUAUGUGUUUACACUCAAAUUAUAAUUAGGCUUACUAAUUUGUUUUAAAUGCAUAUGGCACAAUUAAGUAGAGUUAUUUGGAAUCUGACAAUAAUAUUUGACUUUGCAACAUUUAUGGUAAAAAAUAGAUUGCAAAUACAUAUGGUUAGAAAAUGAAAAUUCUUCAUAGCUUUCAUCAAUCUUGACCAUUUAAUACAAUGUGCAUCAACAGAAACUCAGUCUGUCCUUCCUUUAAGAGUUAUCUCCCUUAGCCAAAAAUUCAAAAAAUUGAAAGAAAGUUGAUGAUUUUUAAUGAUUUUUUUUCAGAAAAAUUGUUUAAUGAAUUGUAUUUUUUCCCCCAUUAAUUGAUAGAUUUAUGUUUGAGAUAUGUUCUACCCUAUUUAAUGUGUUGAGAUAAACAGUAACUAGUAUGUAAAUGUAUCUCAUCAACAUUUGUGUAAUCGUGUAUACAAGUUGUUAGUGUGUAAUCAAUCAUUAGUGCUAUAUCUAUAUGUCAUAAUUUGUAUAUUUAUAUAAAGCUAGUUUUAGUAAAGCUUUGUUGAAAAUGUGUAUGAAUUAGUAUCCAUAGAUGUACAAUAGGCUUCUAUUCUUAGUUAUGAUUGCAUGAAAUAUUUUCCACUGGAUGUUAAGCAACUAACAAUCAACCAAUAUUAGUUAUAAGGUUCACUAUUAUAUAAAAGUAAUUAUAAGAUAAACAAUCUCUGACACUUGCUAACUUUGUUGUUUUUAUCAAAGAUUCAAAUAACAAUAAGAUAAAAUGCAAAAUAAAAGUUUUCAAAUAAGCAAAUCUUAUACUUCUUGUUUAUUCAAUUUCUAUUUUAGUAUCAUGGGGGGUAACUUUCAAUUAGUUUGUAUCAAACCGCAUUCUUUCUCUACACAAUUGUGAGAGAAAAAAUGAAUGGGACAAAAUAAUCAGUAUUCAAGGUUGCAUACAAAUCAUGGCUUUCCCUGUUUAUUUUUAAAAGUCAACUCCCAUGAACAUGUUAAUGUUAUUAUAAUCUCUGUAACAUAUAGGGGUCAAUAUAUAGUCAAUAGUUACACUUCUGACACUGUCUUUUAAUCUAGUCUUAUGUGAAUUAUAGAAUCUCAGAUAAAUAAUAGUUUGAAUAUUUAUUUGUAAAAGGUCCAUUGUACUUAAUUUUGUUUUUGUUUUAUUUUCUAUUUAUCUAUGUGAAAAUCAGAGCAUUAAGCUCCUCCCCUUAGUCAUCCAUCAACGACUGUAAGAUGAUAACAUUCUAUCCUUUAGUCACCCCUUAGUAUAAUUGUUAGAUUAUCCAGGCUUUAGCUCAGUUUUGUUAAACUUUCUUAUAGAUAUAACAGCUUAUGUGUAGGAGACACUCCCCUUUUCUAUUUCCGCAUGUUAGGUAUUUGACCAAUAGAUUUGUUUCUAACAGCAGUAAAGUACAUGACCAAGUAGUUUACCACAUGGCAUUUAUACAUAUAUUUGAAAUAAUGGCUUAGGAAAUAGUUAAACUUUUUUUAUUUUGCUGAUGCUACAUUAAUUUAUUGUAUAAUUUAAGUUUUUGCUGAGAUUAUCUGUAUAGUGUGUUUUUUUUUAUGUUUUAAGCUUGAUGCAGGUAUAAUUAUCUAGACUUAUUUUAUUUUAACCUGUAUAUAUAUAUAUAUAUUAUGCCAGAUGACAAAUUUUGCCAAACUUUUUGUCUUUCAUUUUAUUAAACAUGCUUAUUUUUAAAUAGCUGAAUACAAUUUUAUUUUAUAACCCUUAUUGAUUAUAUUUUAUUUGUAUAAAGUACAGUCUGGUGCAGUUGUAACCCCCACCUGUGUUCUAUUUAAUGCACUUUAUCAACUUUUGUUUGGAUUCAUUUAUUUUCUGAUCAGUCUUGAUGUUCCCUAUGUCAUUCUUACUUAUCAUACAGUUAGACAUGUUCACUUCUAGUGUAAUGUUACAGUUAAAAUUGUGCACUUUAUAUGUUUAAUGUUGCAGUUACACAUGUGUACUUAGGUGUUGUGUUACAGUUUUACAUGUACACUAAAGUGUAAUGUAAUGGUUAAACAUGUGUACUUAUCUGUAAGGUUACAUUUAGAUAUAUGUAUUUAUCUGUAAGGCCGUAGUUACACAUACACACCUAGGUUUAAGGAUACAGCUUCACAUGAACACUUAAAAGUUAUGUAACAGUUGCACAUGUACACUACACAUAUGUGUAUGGUUGCAUGUACACUGAUACCUAAUGUACCAGUUGCUCAUCUACACUUAAGGGUAAAGUUACAGCUACUCUUAACGACUUAGGUGUUAGGUUACAAUUUCACAUAUACACUUAGAAAGCCAAAGUUUCACAUGUACACUUACAUGUUCAGUUACAGUAACAGCCUUAUGUAUUUGUAAAAUAACUUAUCUAUCUAGUCAUUCUAAUAUUUUGUUAUUAUAUUUAAUAUUGAUAAAUAUGAGGUAAUGCAAUAGCAAACAUUACCUUUACUUUCUGUUUUUGUUAUCUUCCUUAAGGAGAGUUAUUUCAGACAUGAGAACAAUGUCUAAUUUUUGGGUUGAUAUAUGAAGAAAUCUUUUUUAAGGAUUAACUACUAGAAAUUAAGAAAAAAGAAAUUUGUUUUAAUAUUUCUUUUUUCAAUCAUUAAUAAAUGUGAAUAAGUGAAAUGAUUCUUUGCUUUUAGGAGCCAAUUUGAUUUAAUUUCGUCAAAAUAAGCUAUGAAACAUUGUUGAUGAAUUAUUCUCUUGCAAGUGAAUAAUUCAAUCUCAUUGAAUCAGUAUUCAUUUGACUUUCAAUUUAACCCCUGAGCUAGAUUUGGGUUAGACCUGAUUUAGGUGUGUUCAAAGUGAAACAAGGGUAAACCAUUUUAUUGACUUAUUCAAACCAUAAAAACUUAGUACUAUACAGGUUAAAACUCUAAUUAACAUAUGUUUUAAGCCAGCAAUAUGAAAUCAAAUGGACCUAGAAAGAUCCAAUUGCAGAAGUUUGUUAUCUAUGGUUCAUAUGACUACUGUCAGUCUUUGGAGAUCACCUUUAUGGUUGAUUAGAACAUUUUUUGACUAAAAUUAACAUGAAAUGCUGAUGCUUAUUAUAUGUUUUAGUAUGUUUUCAAUCAAAAGUGAGAAUUUGAGUUAAAGGGUGAACAUGAAUUUGACAGCUUAUGCCCCUGUAAAUAACAUGAAUAUUUAUAAAAUAAAUAAAUUAAAAAAAAAAAAAAUAGAUUAAAUUGAAUAAUGAUAAGAAAUGCAUUUUCUCAAAACAAUCUGUGUUCAUUUAAGUAUAACCUGUCUCUUUAUUUCUUUACCUCAUUAUUUUUCUUUAAAUUAUUUAAAAAAAAAUUAGCAUAUAGUAAUUUAAACAAUUUUUUCUGAUUUAUUGAGCUGUUUUCAUCACAUGGAAUCUCUCAGUUGUUUGGAAAAUACAUGUCCCUUAGUCACUCUCCUAGUGACUUAGAAAUCAGACUUUAUUUAGACAGUCUUCAACAGUCUAGCUGAAAUCAAAGAUGGCCACCAUUAUUUUUUUAAUUUUGUGUAUAAUAGAAACUAGUUGAAAAACUCAAUUAAGGAAACAAAAAUAAGUUAUAAACAAUUUUACUUGCUCAAUAUUCAAAACAAAAUGGCUACUUAUAUCUGAUAUUUCUCCAUAUGAAAUAUAAAUUCAUAGUACAUUCAUCAUUUGUUGUUUUUUUUCUCUCUAAAAUUCAUGAUUUUGCUUAGUAAAUUAUGUAGCCAGACUGUAACUAUGGUAACAACAUCAGGUUCUGUGCAAUCUUCUGAAUUUUAAUGAAAUCCAGAUAGAGUACCUCAGAAAUCAUACUGAAAUGGACAAUUGUUUGAUAAAUAAAUAUAUUUAUAUAUAUAUAAUGAUGUAUUUUGUAUUAUUCAGCAAUUAUUUUACAGGAUUUAAGGAUGGUUAGGCUAACUCUGAAUUAGGUUUGUAAAGUGCAGUUUCAUCACAGAUUCUAAAGAUUUUAUGUGAAACAGAAUUUUAAAACUAUUCUGUGUAACUUAGAAGUUUUAGAAAAUAUGAAUGAAAAUGGUUCAUUUAAACACAGCAAUGAAUUUAAGAGUUAGGUUCCUUUACUACCUCCCUAUCAUUUUAAUGUAAGCUUAAACAUAUUGCCUGCAUAGUAAAACCAGUCCAGUAGUAUAGAUGAUAUGUUAGUAUACUAAAAGAAUGUCAGGUUAAAUACAUUUGUUUUGUAUUUGAUAGUAAGUCUUGUUAAGCAUGACUGGUACCUACGUUAAUACGUUUGUUUUGUAUUUAAUAGUAUGCCUUGUUAAGGAUGACUGGUACCCUAAUCAUUUUAUUUUCUUCAUGCUAACUUAUAUGUUGAGUAUAUUACUUCAUAAGUUCAUUAUAAAAUGUAUCUCUAUUAGAAUCUCAGGAUUAGUUCCUUAAUUUGGUUAUUAUUUUAACAUGUCAGUAAAAAAUAAAAGUCCAUAAUAGACACCAAGUAUAAGUCUACACAUCAAUAGCUCAAGAACUCAUGUUCAUUUUUAAAUGUUAGGACAUUCAUGUUUUGUUAUCUUAGUUUUAGUUUGAAAAGUAAUUAUUUCAAGAAUUCUUUAUACCUCUUACACACGCUUUGAUUUCCUACUCUAUUGUCUCAUGAUUAAUAUUUUCGUUGUCUCCUUUUUCUGAUAGGUACUAUCAUAUCUUAUUUGUCUCCCUUUGCUGACAGGUAAUUUUAAAUCCAAGUUCUCUCCCUUAUCUAAUAACUUCUAUCACAUCUUGUUAGUCUCCCUUUUGCUGAUAGGUAAUUUCUAUCCAAGUUGUCUCCCUUAUCUAAUGAUUUCUAUCAUAUCUUAUUUGUCUCCCUUUGCUGAUAGGUAAUUUUUUAAUCCAAGUUGUCUCUCUUAUCUAAUAAGUUCUAUCAUAUCUUAUUUGUCUCCCUUAUCUAAUAAGUUCUGUCAUAUCUUAUUUGUCUCCCUUUGCUAGAAUGAAACUUUAAAUCUUUAUUGUCUCCCUUAUCUGAUAAGUUUUCACACAUUUUAGUUGUCUCCCUUUUCUUAUUUCUGAUAGGCUUUUUUGGUAAUUUAGUUGUUUUUCAUGUCAUAAUGGUAAUUUCAUACCUUUGUAGUCAAAAUAUAUGUAAAUUAUUUUACAUUUGAUUUGUUAAAAUAUUCAUGAAAGCUGCCUUUAUAUUUUAUGAUACUCAAAACUUAUCCAUUUCAUAAUUCCCUGUUUGAGAAUUUCUAAUGAAUCAGAGAGCUGUAUACAGUAAAAAAGAUACAAAAUUGGUAUCUUGAAUAAUAUUAUUUAUCUAAAAGUUUAACUGAAAGAAAACUUGCAAAAGACUACUUAAAAAAAAAGAAAAGGGCAUAUAAUUAAAUGUAAACAUGAGGUUUUUUACUAACUUUAUAUUUAAUGAUACUAAAAACUCAUCCGUUUCUAUUAAUCAGAGAGCGACAUAAAGAAAAGGAGAAACAAAAUCAGUGUCUUGAAAAAUAUCAUCUGUACAAAAGUUUAACUGAAAGUAAACAUGCAAAAACAACUUUACAACUAGCAAAGGGCAUAUAUUUAAAUGUAAACGUGAAGUAAUUUACUAAUUUUAAGUUUUUUAGAGAACUUAGAUUGUUUGUUACGUAUAUUGUUACUAAUAGAUAUAUUUGUUAUCAUUAACAUGUGUUGCUAUAGUUACAACAUUGACCUUGACGUGCUCAUUCAUAGCCUAUCAUUCUUAGUUUAAUUAUUGCUGUUUAGAAUAUUGUGUAUAUAAGAAUGACAUCUUAUGUAGUUAAUUGUGAUACAUCAUGUUAAUAUUUUGCAGGCAAUAAAAUAACACUUAAAUAUU